UUUGGCUUGUUCAACCUCCUUCCACUCCAUAAUGAGCAACGCAAAGGACAACUUCAGUGUUGCCGAUCUCAGUGCUGCUUUGAAUGCGGGGGACCGAGCAGACCUUGUCAAUGUACUCAAAAAUAAACUUCAGGAUCUUACUGGGAAACACUCAGAUGUGCUUGAAAAUUUGUCGCCCAUUGUCAGGAAGCGUGUUGAGGUUCUCAGGGAGAUUCAGACUCAACAUGAUGACUUGGAGGCAAAAUUUUUUGAAGAGAGAGCUGCACUUGAAGCCAAAUACCAGAAGUUCUAUCAACCAUUAUACACAAAGAGAUUUGAAAUUGUGAAUGGGGUUAUUGAAGUUGAAGGAGCAACAACCGAGGCUGCAGUAGCAGACCAGCAAGUGGAUAAAGAUGCAGUGGAGAAAGGUGUCCCUGAUUUUUGGCUCACGGCCAUGAAAAAUAACGAAGUGCUAUCUGAGGAGAUUACCGAGCGAGACGAAGAAGCUCUCAAAUUCCUCAGGGAUAUAAAGUGGUCCAAGAUUGAUGAUCCAAAGGGUUUCAAGCUUGAAUUCUUCUUCGAGACUAAUCCUUACUUCAAACACACUUUGCUGACUAAAACCUAUCACAUGAUUGAUGAAGAUGAACCUAUUCUUGAGAAGGCAAUAGGGACUGAGAUAGAAUGGUAUCCUGGAAAAUGCUUGACACAGAAGAUUCUAAAAAAGAUGCCAAAGAAGGGGUCAAAGAAUGCCAAGCCUAUCACUAAAACAGAACAGUGUGAAAGUUUCUUCAACUUCUUUAGUCCACCUCAAGUGCCGGAGGACGAAGAGGAUAUUGAUGAAGAUGCUGCUGAAGAACUUCAGAAUUUGAUGGAACAAGAUUAUGAUGUUGGGUCAACAAUUCGAGAUAAAAUCAUUCCACAUGCAGUUUCAUGGUUCACUGGGGAAGCUGCUGAGGAUGAUGAUUAUGCCGACUUGGAAGAUGAUGAGGAUGAAGAUGAUGAUGACGAGAAUGAGGAGGAUGAAGAAGAUGAUGAGGACGAAGAGGACGAAGAAGAUACCAAGACCAAGAAGAAGUCGGCUGCUGCCCGCAAGAAGAGCGGAAGAGCUCCUGUAGGAGAUGGUCAGUCUGGUGAGAGGCCACCAGAGUGCAAGCAACAGUAGCUUCUUAUUGAAGAGUGGUUGGAUAUGAUAGUGUCUUGAAAAGUUGGAUGAGAUAGUGAGAAGUUUGUGCAAUUUAGAUGGUUGGCUUGUUAUAUAUGGAGUUAUGCUUAGAACAAUCUGUUAGAAUCAUUUUUCUUUCAAUAUCGUCUUUUAUUCGCUCCCAGUCAUUUUUGGUCUUUUUAU